AUGCUGACCUGGCAGAAUGGCCCCGACGCCGACUUUCGCGCCAUCUAUAUGCUGUCGCUGAAGCACAGGGAGGUGCUCUCGUGGGUGGCCCGGCAUGACUGGCGGCCACCCUACUGCCCACCGUUUCGCGAUGCGCCACAGCCACUGCCGCCGCCAUCGCCGUCGCCGCCGGCCCUGCCUGAGCCGCGGAACCCUCCUCUCCCCACGCGGGCGGGGCAGAAUGUGCCGGCAGAGUACGAGCCCGGACGCGAAGCUGAACCCUCGACGCAAGAGCUGCGAGACAUGGUCCUAGUCUUCAGAAACAGGUUUGAAGACGGGGAACCGGCCUUGAAGCGCGAACCCGAAGACUAA